UAUUAAAUUCAAAUUAAAUAUGCCUUUGAGUCAAAAAGUUCUUUGUAACAAGGUUGGUAAAGUGCAUUUAACCGUUUGGGCGGAGGCACUGCUACAUCAAAGAGAGAAACAUCAAAGGUCAUAUUCCCAGUAUUAUGUAUAUAAUGUGGUACCGACUUUGGAGUUCUUUGUCAAAGUAGCUUUGUUCUUUGACCUUUUUCAAAGCUAUCUCUGUUGUUGAGCUUUGAAGCCCGUCUAUCUCCUUUUAGUUAUAUAUUUGGAGUGAAACGACCCGCCAGUUUCAGUCGCAUCACAGUCGUCGCUCGUGCGAUAUGUCCGCUGUUAUAAAAUAACCCAAGAAAAAUGAAACCCAAGAAGCAUAUGUCAGUUAAAAAUGCUAAAAAACUGAGAAUCACCUGCGAAGCUGAUGUUACUAAGAAAAUCGAUUUGUGGUACUCAAAAUGGACCAAAAAUCUAGGACGACCACUAACACCUCUCAACCUAAAAAAAAAGAGCAUUAUAAUGUUGAAAAUGCGCAAAGUGUCUCCGAGUAUCAUAUCAUUAAUCACUCUUGAUUGGAUCAAGAAGUUUAUGAAGAAUCGAGGUUGUCUAGAUGGUUAUAACGAUGACGAAAUCUAUGCUGGUCUAUUUAUACCAUUUGAUAUCAAUGGAUUACCAGACAAAACGAAAUAUGUAACCAACAAUCAGGAUCGUAAUGUAUGGCUUCUUAUGGCAGGGAACAAAAGUGGGAGACACAGGACCAGAGUCUUGGUGAUAGGUAAGCGUUGGAGACCUCCAUGCAUAGAAUCUGUUAACAUGUUGGGACAACCUGUUAUUUAUGCUGGAGGAGGCGGUGGACAUCCCACACAGGAUUUGUUCAAAUGGUGGUUUGAGACAGAAUUUUGUCCUGCUGCAUUAUCAAUUAAUUCAAAAGCUGUGUUAGUCAUGGAGAAAGCUUCAUAUGUUCCAGAGAAACAUGAUUACCAGGGAGUUUCUUUGCAACAAUGUGAUAAGAAUACAAUAUCAGAAUCAUCUAUGUUUAUUGAAUUCAAAAUUACUUACACAACUCUACUUCUAACACAAAUUUUAUUAGAGCAACAGUGUAAAAAUCCUAUACAAAGUUUUUUUAAAAAAUACACUUUAAAAGAUGCGUUUAUUUUAAUACAUAGAGCUUGGCUACAAGUAACGACUGAAUCUUUUGCAAAAUGCUGGAAAAAUACUACGUGGUCGUUUCCAUUAAAAUACUCGAUAUCGGAACUUCGAUGGUUAAUCCAUGAUCUUGGAAUGCAAGUGUCAAACGAUGAAAUGUUGAUUUGGAUGCUAUCCCAUCCUUCUGAAGUAGUUGAAGCGGAAAUUGAGUCGGCAAAAUUUGAAGAUGUCGAAAUACCUCCGCAUGCACCUCAAGUUGUAGAUCAUCUAAAAAAAGCACUUUUGUGGGUUGAAACACAACCUCUCGAACCGACUUUCGUUAUAACGAUAAGAGACUUGAUAAGUUAUGCUAAACAGGCUAGUAAAAUCGGUUUAGGACCAGCCCAUCCGUUUUUUUGCCAUAACGGCGAGCAACUGGGUACCCAACCACCACCCGCCCACAUGGGCAUUCCUCCUUACCAGCUUGACAAAGCGCCCGGACUUCCGAGGCCUUCAAUGUACCCUUUUCCGACUAGCCAAUACCCAUAUCCAUUAUUAAGUCCGGAUAUGUCCCAAGUUGCAGCAUCAUGGCACACGCCAGUUAGUAUGUACCAUCAGAUCUCAUCGGCUGGAACUGGUUUCAGAGGGUCCUACCCGCCUUCAUUGGGGUCGAGCUUAACUAAUGAAUUGUAUAGGUUUUCACCUACGGGCCUAAUGAGUGGUUCAACUCCUCAUCAUCAUUUAUCUCACCAUACCCAUCACUCUCACCCGGCAAUUGUAACGCCGGGAGUGAGACAAGACCUGCAUGCAGAUUCGAACCACAGGUACAACGCAAUGCCUCAGAAUGACCACAAUAAAAAUUCUACGUGUGCAGACGGUCCUAAACACCAAGAAUCCGUACAAAAUAGUAAUAACCAAGAUAAAAAGAAACCUCAUAUUAAAAAGCCUUUGAACGCUUUCAUGUUAUACAUGAAGGAAAUGAGGGCUAAAGUGGUGGCUGAAUGUACACUGAAAGAGAGUGCGGCGAUCAACCAAAUUUUAGGACGACGGUGGCACUCUCUGUCGCGAGACGAGCAGGCCAAGUACUACGAGAAAGCGCGCCAGGAACGACAACUCCAUAUGGAACUGUAUCCUGGUUGGAGCGCUCGGGAUAACUAUGGAUACGGCGCCAAGAAGAAGAAACGGAAGAAAGAGCGCGUACCGGUCAUAGAUGCUGGCUCAGGAGGUAACAAUAGCAUGAAGAAGUGUCGAGCGAGGUACGGACUCGAUCAGCAAAGCCAGUGGUGUAAACCUUGCAGGCGUAAAAAACGUUGCAUACGAUACAUAGAGAGUGGUGGUGACUCUGGCAAUCAGUCAGAUGAUAACCAAUCCAAUGGAAGUCUUGGCCACUCAGAUAACGAAGAAGCUGACUCUGUAUCUAGCCCUGGAGGAUUAAGUGCCUUGUCCAGUCUCACUAGCCCUGGCAUGUUAACUCAGGCUAGUCUGUCUCCAGCUACACCUCUUACUCCUCAUGUUUCUGAAUACGAUUGUCCAAUGGCCGUUCGUAUGCCAUUAGCUGUAGUAAUACCUACAAGACAUCAUCAGCCAGUCGGCACUAACCCUCACGACAUAAACAAUCCAUUAAGUGUUAACCAAUUGACUGGUGGGGUAAAUAAUAAGUGCCAUCCUAAGGAACAAAAUGAUCUGAAAAAUGGAGUCACCCAACAACAACAACAGUCUGAGCACUCUAGCAGGGCAUUGCCUGCUAUUAGUGUAACGUAGCGUAUAUAACGCGAAGCAAUAGUUUGACCCGCUCAAUUAUGAUAAAUUUAUUAUUAUGUUAUAGACAAAUCAACAUUAGAAACCAGUAUAUAGUAUAUUGGGUAUUUAAAUAGAACUAAUACUCUAUUUUACUUCUCUAACCAUGAAAUAUUAUUCAUAUGAUUGCCAUUACUUGAUCUUUAAGAGACUAAAUAUAUCUUAAAGACUACUUUUUUCUAUAAGUUCUAAUUUUUUUUUUUUUUUUUG